AUGAAGAUAGCAGAAUGCGGGAGUGGAGGGAGCGUGAAGGGACCCGUGGACUUCACAGGCUUCUGGGCGCUGGCGAAGCACGAGGGCAUGGAUGAGUUCCUGCGUGCCGCGGGCUUCCCCUGGGUGGUGCGCAAGGCGGCGCUCAAGUUUGGCGGCUCCGCCGUCGACCUCGUCGCGCACUCGGGGCCGCUGCUCAAGGUCACCUCGCUCAACGCCAAGGGCAGCUGGUUCCGGGAGUACGACGUGGAGCGGGAGGUGGUGCAGCGCAACGCAGAGGGCACCAUGUGCAAGACCAGCAGCUGGUGGGAAGGCCGCGUGCUGCGCAGCCGCAUGGAGGGCUCGGAGCUGGGCGUGGUGGAGUCGUGGCGCUACCUGCACGGCGCCAGCAUGGCGGUGCGCACCGCGCUGCGCCCCGCGCGCGGCGGUCCCGAGGCCGUCGUGUUUUGGUUCUUCGACCGCAUGGAGACGCUGUCGAGGCACGUGGCGCGCAGCCACGGCGGCAGGAGCGGCGCCUCGCUGCUGCAGCUCAUAGAGUCGGACCAGCGGCGCGUGGCGCGGGCCACCCGCACCGACACCGCCUACCUGCAGGACGUGCUGCUGGACUGGCAGCGGUGGAAGUCGCCGGCCGACGACUUCAUCCACGUGGCGGCACCCCCCGCCAGCCUUGCCCGCCACAGCCGCCGCCGCCGGUCGCCCGGGUCGGGCAGCCCGCGCACCAUGAGCCCCGUCAGCAUGAGCAAGAGCCCCAGCAACGACAGCCUGGCAGCGCUGCCGCCGGGCACGGAGGUGCGCAGCGAGGCUCGCUCUAUCCGCAGCGACAGCCGCGGCAGCCGCGGGCGCAUGGCCGACGCCGAGCUCAGCAGCAACGCCCUGGACCGCAUGGCUCGCCAGGCCGCCGCCCUGGCCAUCUCUGACGAGAGCGCCGCCGCCUCGCCGCCGCCCGGGGCCAGGGCGGGCCUGCCGCCGAGCGGCGCGGCGGCGGCGGCGCAGCAGCAGCAGCAGGCCGCGGCGGCGGCGGCGGCGGCGGGCCAGCCGCGGGCGGGCAGGGAGGGGGAGGGGGAUCGCGAGUAUGGGCGCGAGCUGACCCUGUCCUACCCGGGCGGCGUGGAGGUUCCCGUGGAGGCGGGGGGCAGGCAGGGGGCCCCACGGGCCGACUCCCUCAGCUUCCGCUCCCCAGCCGCCGGCUCCCCCCGCAAGGGCGAGGGCGAGGGCGGCGGCGUGCCCGCGGCCCCCGACAGCGACGUGGCCACCCGCGGCUCCGCCCACCACCAGCGCACGGGCUCGGUGGGCAGCGUGGGGCCGCAGCGCUCGGCGCACUACAAGAGCCUGUCGGCAGACUCCACGGGCAGAGGCGGCGCCGCCAGCACGCCGGGGCGCGCCAGCCCGCGGUCCACCACCCCUGCGGCGCACCCGCCGCUGGGGCCUGCGGAGCAGGUCAUGGCCUUCCGCCUGCACGAGUUCUCAGACAGCCGCGGCAUCGCCUCAGUGGUGCCUGUGGCCACCCCCAACGACACCUCAGAGCCCCAGCUGCUGAGCAUGAGCCCCGAGCAGGCUGAGGAGACUGCCGCCAAGCUGCGGGAGCUGGAGUCAGACAUGCUGCUGCGGCGGCAGGACAGCCGGCGCGGGUGCAACCUCUGUGGCUGCUUUGUCGUCACGCUCGCGUCAGACACGCUGCCAGAGCACCUGCGGGUCUGGGAGAUGAGCCUGAUGUAG